AGUGAUGAAUACCUCCUCGCGGUCCCAGAAUGAGAUGCCUGUGGCGGGUGCCGACUGCCAAUCGCAGUACCAGAGGUUAAGUCAGAAGAUGCUGGACAUAUCCGGGGACAGGGGUGUACUGAAGGAUGUCAUCCGAGAAGGUGCUGGAGAUCUGGUGACACGUGAGGCCUCUGUGCUUGUGAAAUACUCUGGAUACCUGGAGCACAUGGACAAGCCCUUUGACUCUAACUGCUUCCGGAAAACACCUCGGCUCAUGAAGCUUGGCGAGGAUAUUACACUUUGGGGCAUGGAGCUGGGCCUGCUGAGCAUGCGGAGAGGGGAGCUGGCCAGAUUUCUGUUCAAGCCGACUUACGCCUACGGAGCCCUGGGUUGCCCACCCCUCAUCCCUCCAAAUGCCACCGUCCUGUUUGAGAUUGAACUGCUCGACUUCCUUGACUCUGCUGAGUCAGACAAGUUCUGUGCCCUCUCAGCUGAACAACAAGACCAGUUUCCACUUCAGAAAGUCCUCAAAGUGGCAGUGACCGAAAAGGACCUUGGAAACUACCUUUUCCGCCAGAAUCGCUUCUAUGAUGCCAAAGUGAGGUAUAAACGGGCCUUGCUGCUGCUGCGCAGGCGAUUGGUGCCCCCUGAGGAGCAGCACCUGGUGGAGGCUGCCAAGCUCCUCCUCCUCCUGAACCUGUCCUUGGUGUACCUGAAGCUGCACCAACCUGCCACAGCCCUGCGCUAUGGAGAGCAGGCUCUGGUCAUUGACCAAAAGAACGCCAAGGCCCUCUUCAGGUGUGGACAGGCCUGUGUCCUCCUGACUGACUACGAGCAGGCCCGAGACUUCCUAGUUCGUGCCCAGAAGGAGCAGCCCUUCAAUCAUGACAUCAAUAACGAGCUGAAGAAAUUGGCCAGCUAUUACAGGGACUACAUGGAUAGACAGAAAGAAAUGUGUCACCGGAUGUUUGCUUCUCAUGAAAAUGGCUCCACGGUAGGAGAGCCCUGAAGAUUCCUCAUCUAACCACACCAGGCAAGUGACUGGUGAGGGCCGCUGGAGUUGUGAGUUGCUGCUGGAAAGAGCGCCCAGUGUGCGGAGCCCGCCGUGGCCGUGGCCGUGGCCGUCCCUGACCCCUGGGCUGACCUGUGUGGUCCCACGCACUAUUUCUGUUUUGUGUUUCACACAUGGCAAGAAGGAUAGCUACUGACAGGUAGAAAACUGCUACUUCUGAAAAGGCAGUUUCUUGUGUUUUGGGGAAGAAUUAGUCCUGGCAUCUGUCCCAGUCUCAGCCCCCCUUCUGGCUGCUCGCGUCCCGGUAAAUACAAAUAGAGGUUGC